CAUGGUACCUCGCGUCGUCCUCGUCACCGGCUCCUCAGAGGGCGGCAUCGGCUAUGCGCUCUGCCAGGAGUUCGACAAGCAGGGCUGUACCGUCUACGCCUCGGCACGCAGGGUCGAGGCGCUCGCCUCGCUCCCCGACAGCGUGCACAAGGUCGCGCUCGACGUGACCUCUCUUGAGUCGUGCGAGUCGGCGAUCAAGCGCAUCAUCUCGGAGCAAGGGCGCAUCGACAUUCUCGUCAACAACGCGGGCCAGGGCGGCACGGGCGCCAUGCUUGACGCCGACGUCGAGAGCGACAAGGGCGCCAAGGCGACGUUCGAGACCAACGUGUGGGCGCCGAUCCGCCUCAGCAAACUCGUCGCGCCGCACAUGGCCGAGGCGGGCUCGGGCCUCAUCGUCAACGUCGGCAGCAUCGUCGGAAACGUCCCGACGCCUUGGGCCGGCGUGUACGCGGCGAGCAAAGCCGCUCUUCAUUCGAUGACCGAGACGAUGCGCCUCGAGGUCAAGGGCCUCGGUAUCCACGUCAUGCUCGUCGCACCUGGCGCCAUCACGUCCAACUUUGGCACGAAGCAGGUGGACAGCAUCAUUAUGCCUGAAGAUUCGCUGUACCAGCAGGUCAAGGACUUGAUUGUCAAGCGCGCCCAGAUGUCGCAAACUCCAGGUCGUUCCACGCCUGCGAGUCAGCUCGCCGCCUCGAUCGUUGCUCACGCUCUCCGUCCCUCGCCCGCGAGGUAUUUCACCGGCGGCGCCAACUCGUUCCUGUUCUGGGUCCUCGAGCGCAUCCCUCGACCUCUCGUGUGGCUCUUGCUCGGACGCACUCUCGGCACGACCAAGAUCAAGCCUCUGCGGGCCAAGCACGCAUAGCGAGAGAGGAACGGAGACGAAGAAGUUGCAUUACAGACGGGGAGGGGAGCGAUUAAAGGGGGGCAACGAGGCGCUAAAGAUGCAACUAUGGGUCUUGACAAACUUCUGGAGAGCAGCCUCUGAUCGGCGCUCGAGAGCGAGAGCAUCUCGUUCGAGAGUUGCUCAGGCGUCGGUGAGCGCGCCGCGACGGAUGCCGGCGCCCGAACGCGCCUUGACGCCGAGGAUGAGGACGACGAUGAGGAUGAUGAAGACCCAGAUCGUGCCGAUCCAGCCGACGGCGACGAGGCCCUUGGUGACGUUGCAGCGCGAGAACGUCUGCAUCGGGAUGCCGCAGUUGCGGUUGGCGACGAACGCCGUCAACGACGAUGCGCCGCACAGGUAAAGGAAGAAGGCGAUGGCGAAGGCGACGAGGUGGAACAUGAUGCCGAAUGCGACCGACUGAGGCUUGAAGAGGGUGCCAAUGAGCGAGUACAUGGAUACGAGAGUGCCCCAGAUGCCCGCCGUCAAGAGGAGGCGCUCGCGGUCGCGGGCCGCGUUGGACGGGAAUCCGGUCGAGAGCCAGUGCGACUCGAGCGAGGCGGCGAUGGCGAGCACGACGAUGCUCGUCAGGAAGCUCAACGUCAUGAGCGGGACGAUGGUGAGGCGGACGGCGCGUUCAGAGACCAUGAUGGGCAGAGCUUGUUGUGUGUCGGGUGUGCCGAGACGAGUGUGCUUGAGCUGGUCGCGAGGAGCCUGC